CAUCCAUCUCUUGGUGUCCCAACCGUGGCAGCAUAAAUACUCAUUGAUUCGUUUACAUCGCUCUAAACAUAUCAUGAUCCAAAGAUUUGAGUCCGAAGGCAUGAGGAGCCCCCUACAGCCUUCGGCCUGAUCCUUGGUGGCGUAGGAAGAAAGCAUCACAGGAACAACUUGAACUCCGAGUCGACCGCUCAUCAAUCUUCGAAGCUUCAUCGACAGAGGACUACCAAUGGCGCUCCCACUCGACUUUUGGCCCACUUCACAAGUCGUGGCGAGCAUACUCGCGUUUAUCGCAUCGCUCGCUGGAUUAUCAGCCAGUUCUAUUCAUACUCGGUGUUUGGUUCGAAGACAGCACGUUUUUAUCCUCGAGGUUCCGUUUUGUAAUAGGGACGGGGGCUUUUCAGGCGAUGAGAAAAUCAAGCCCUUUUCAUCUGCACCACUUUCGAGUGACCAUGAACUCAUGGACUCAGCCAUGGAUGUGAAGUGCUUGUUGUACUAUUGCAAAAUAGACGUCAUCGACCUAGGGCAAAACGUAGGGCCGUUAUCUAUCGAGGUUCUACAAUGCAAUGAAUGCUUUCAUGUUGCUCUCACUAGAUUAGCGAUCUCAACCUAGACAAGUUCCGAUGUCCUGGAUUUAAAGAAGCGAACGGCAUUGGUGACGCUUGUGCCAGGCGCACAGCCAGUCGUUGGCGAUACCGUGGCAGAAAUGUGCGGCCCUUAAAGCUUGGAAGCGUACG